ACAACGAAGGUAACUUACUCCUGGAAAGAUUAGGUUGCAUUAGUAUGACGGGAGUCUAGUCGAAGUUCUAUUUCUCUAUCAAUUAUACUUACACUAGGCAAUAUAUGUUAAAAAAGAAACGUGAAGAAAAAGAAUAAAAGAUAAAAGCUCGAAGUGUAAUAAGUGUUAGUACACAAGUAAUUAAGAAAAAGAAAAAAGAAUAAAAUAUAAAAUAUGGUCGGUCCCAAUGUGUCAUUGUGACUAACCGUACCGGAGGGUGGUGGUGUAUCCUCCACGUCCACGCAAGGUGCAACUUUGCGAACACCUUCCGAACACGAUCGACUGAACACGGAACUCGCGACGCUGUGUAAGGUCUAUCCUGUGAGCCCUGUAACAGGGCCUGGUGCGGCAAGAUCCGUAUGGGAAUUAAGUCCCGAUCCCGACAUGGUCGGGCAUCUACCCAGCAAUCUGCUUUCGGGUGGGACUCACCAGAAUCAAAAUUCUGAUAAAAAUACUAAUCGAAGGGACAGCAAUGGACCGGAUGAUAAUAUAUAUGCCGAGGCGGCGCCAGGCCAAAGUCCAAGCGAUGAAACUAAACAAAUUUUUGAUCUUCUUAGAGCAAGUGAGGUAGAAGCAGUCGAGGAAUUGGUAGAGAAAAAUGGAUUGAGCAUAUUAAAUGUCCGAGAUGAAUGGGGAUAUACACCUGCUCAUUGGGCUGCUUUGGAUGGUAACAUCGAAGUGAUGAGAUAUCUUAUAGAACGGAGCGGACCAAUUGACCAUUCUUGUCUAGGAACGCAGGGUCCCAGGCCUAUACAUUGGGCAUGUAGAAAGGGUCACAGUGCUAUAGUGCAAUUAUUAUUAAAGGCCGGGGUCGCCGUCAAUGCUGCCGAUUUUAAAGGUUUGACUCCUCUAAUGACAGCCUGUAUGUUUGGAAAAUUUGCUACGGCCGCCUUUCUUCUUGGAUCUGGUGCUAUGGGUCAUCUAACGGAUAUCAAUGGAGACACCGCACUUCAUUGGGCAGCUUAUAAAGGACACGCCGAAUUAAUAAGACUUUUGAUUUACAGCGGCGUCGAUUUGCAGAAACCCGAUUAUUUCGGAUCUACUCCUCUACAUUUAGCUUGUCUAUCGGGAAAUAUUAGUUGCGUUAAGAUAUUGUGCGAAAAGAGUAAGAUCGAAUUGGAGCCACGAGAUAAAAAUGGUAAAACUCCAUUACAAUUGGCUAAGAGUCAUCGUCAUUCAGAAAUCGUACGCAUAUUACAAGCUGAACAAAAGCGCAGAGCUAGAUGGAUUCCACCGAUCAAUGAACUCUGGGCAUUAUUAUUUGGAGGAGCUGGUAAUAGUAAAGGACCAUUAUUAUUGUUCAUGAUAUCAGUUUUACUAUGGGGUUAUCCUAUGUAUUUACUUAAAUGCAUUCCAUUGACUUGGAAUCUUUUGCGAGGAAGUCAUUAUUGUUUUAUUUAUUGGAAUAUCGUCAUGUGGAUUUCAUGGAUAGUAGCUAACAGAAGAGAUCCUGGUUAUGUACCACAAAAUAGUGAAACUUAUUAUAGGGCUAUAAAGCAGAUACCGUAUUUUGAUAAAUGGAAGAAAAGAAAUGUUUUAUUAUCGCGUUUGUGUCACAGUUGCAGAUGUUUCAGACCGUUAAGAGCUAAACAUUGUAGAAUUUGCAACAGAUGUGUCACUUGUUUUGAUCAUCAUUGUCCUUUCAUAUAUAACUGUGUUGGAUUAAGAAACAGAAUGUGGUUUUUCUUAUUUGUAAUGUGUGUGGCGAUAAAUUGUUCAUUUACGUUGUACUUUGCGUGCUAUUGUAUGGCUAUCGAAGGCAUCCAAUUGUUAUAUGUCUUGGGUGUAUUAGAAGCACUAGUCUUUUGUGGCCUUGGAUGGAUAUUAACGUGCACUUCGGUACUUCACGCUUGUAUGAACCUAACGACUAACGAAAUGUUUAAUUAUAAGAGAUAUCCGUAUUUAAGAGAUAAGAAAGGUAGAUAUCUAAAUCCAUUUAGCAGAGGUCCUGUACUUAAUUUCAUUGAAUUCUUCCUUUGUCCUUCUGAUCAUCGAAUAAAUGAUCCUCAGAAUUAUCAAAUUCUUACUGAAGAUGUUAUGUAAUGUCAUUUGUAAACUACACUUUGUAUGCAAAUCUAACAGAUGUAAUUAUUUAAUCCAAAAUCUCUGCCUUUUUGAACUUUUCACGUACUCGUAUUUAUAAUAACACCGCCAUAUUUAUAUUACACGUUUAUGCUAAUAACAUUUUUUUUUACUGCAUCAAUUCAAACAUUUGUUCGAUGCGCUUUAAUAAAUUAUUCUUUA